CGUCUCGGACGAACAGCAGGCCGACUUUCCAGUACGCGGCUCGUGUGCACGAGGUAAACAUGGCUCCCAUGGCAAUUAGAAUGGAAUGAUACGUGGAAAAGCCUUAACUAGACCGUUUCUCUCUGAUCAUCAUGUACGGAUUUGUGAAUUACGCCCUCGAGCUGCUGGUUGUGAAGACCUUUGACAGCGAGACGUGGGAGGCGAUAAAGAAAGAUGCCGCGGUUAACAUGGAAGGACAGUUUCUGGUUCGUCAGAUAUACGAUGAUGAAAUUACAUAUAACAUCAUAUCGGCAGCUGUCAAUCGGCUCAACAUUCCAGCGGACGAGAUCCUCGAGCUGUUCGGCAGGAUGUUCUUCGAGUUCUGCCAGGAUUCCGGCUACGACAAGAUUCUCCAGGUGCUUGGGGCUACGCCCAGGGACUUUUUGCAGAACUUGGACGCCCUUCACGAUCAUUUAGGCACUUUGUAUCCGGGAAUGAGGGCGCCCUCUUUUCGGUGCACCGAGAGACCAGGGGAUGGAGCGCUCAUAUUACAUUAUUACUCCGAUCGACCUGGUUUGGAACACAUUGUGAUUGGUAUCGUCAAGACUGUGGCGAAGAAGCUUCACGGCACGGAUAUAGAAAUGCGGAUAUUGAAGACGAAAAACGAAUGCGACCACGUGCAGUUUUUGAUCACGAACACAUCCGGUCCUGGGGUCGUUUCAAAUCCCAUGAUCGCGGAACUUGAAACCUUAUCUGUCGAACCAAAAGUGAGCCCUAUGACCUUUUGCCGAGUUUUUCCAUUCCAUCUGAUGUUCAACCGGGACCUUACCAUAGUUCAGACUGGAUGCACUAUAACUCGAGUUAUCCCUCAAGUGUGCUCUGGUAAUUGCAAGUUGAACGACAUCCUUCUGACUGUGAGACCACAUUUAGAGUUAACAUUCGAGAACAUAUUGUCACACAUCAACACGGUUUACGUGUUACGAACGAAAAAGGGUGUAAUGCAAGUGGAUUCUCCCGAAGAAUAUUCGUACCUACGUUUGAAAGGGCAAAUGUUGUACAUACCCGAGUCAGACCUCGUCACCUUUCUCUGUUAUCCUAGCGUUAUCAACUUGGAUGACUUAACCAGGCGAGGUUUGUAUCUGAGCGACAUCCCCCUUCACGAUGCCACCAGAGAUCUCGUGCUGAUGUCAGAGCAAUUCGAGGCUGAUUACAAAUUAACGAGAAACUUGGAAUUGCUUACCGAUAAAUUGCAACAGACGUAUCGUGAGCUCGACGGCGAGAAGCAGAAAACCGACAGGUUGUUGUACUCUGUGCUGCCCAUUUCCGUGGCGAACGAGCUGAGGCACUCGAGGCCGGUUCCUGCGAAGAAGUAUGACUGCGUGACCUUAUUGUUCUCCGGGAUCGUUGGUUUCGGAGCUUACUGCGCCGCUCACACGGACUCCAGUGGUGCGAUGAAAAUCGUCAACAUGCUCAAUCAGCUGUACACAGCGUUCGACGUGCUCACCGAUCCGAAGAAGAACCCAAAUGUGUACAAGGUCGAAACUGUUGGUGACAAAUACAUGGCCGUGAGCGGAUUACCGGAACCAUGUCGUUGCCAUGCACGGUGCAUCGCUCGUCUCGCAUUGGAUAUGAUGGAUCUAGCCGCGGACGAAGUGCAGAUCGAUGGCGAGCCUGUGAAAAUCACUAUCGGCAUCCACAGCGGAGAGGUUGUGACCGGGGUAAUUGGACACCGUAUGCCUCGUUACUGCCUGUUUGGAAAUACGGUGAACCUCACCAGUCGAACUGAGACCACCGGGGAACCGGGAAAAAUAAACGUCUCCGAGGACGCAUACAGAUAUCUGUGCAUGCCGGAGAAUCAGGAUCCCCAAUUUUUGCUGGAGUACAGGGGGCCUGUGUCUAUGAAGGGCAAGUCGGAACCCAUGAACGUGUGGUUUCUGUCCAGAGAAAGGGAGCUACCCGCGUAAAUUUGCAACCGCUGUGGCGACCGCCAUUGUAGCAAUAUUUUUACUACUCAGCUCGAGCUCUCAAUUCAUUUAGCGCAUUAUAUAGAAAAAUACGAUUUUUACGGUUCUAAUACUCUAUAAACGAGCGUUCUUCGACUAUCACACAAAACACAAGCUGUAGAAAAUCUCUUUGUACAGUACGAUAUCUAAUUCUAGGAUGACUUCCGUUAGAUUUACCGCUUAAUCAAAUCGCCCGAUGAUUUCAUUUUUAAUAGGUAAGUUUGAAUUAUCGAGUUAAGCCAAUGUAUCAAUUUGAAAUUGCAGAAGAGAAAUCCCUUUAUGACGCGUGUACCAAUCGCGAGUUACAGUUGAUGGACCGCAGCGACCGUCACAAUACAUGAGUAAACCACACGAUAAAAGUAAUCGUACGCUUUAGCGAAUAUUGCGAGAGGAAGAUGGAAAUUUCCAUGAGACAUACCCCUUCUUCUUCGGUUAUAAAAUUUAGUAUUUACAUUUGUCAACUUCGUUACUAUGUGGAAUAUUCAUCAAGUCAAUAGUACCACGUCACAAAAACAAUUCUCAAGUUAUCAAGUUACAAGCACAACAGGACAACCUAUUAUAUUAUUCAGAAGUCCUCCUAGACUUAGGUCGUACUAAAAAUGGUUCCUUGUUAAUAUAUAUCAACGUCCAUACGACGAUCUCGAAUCUCUACGUGCAAUUGCCAACUUAACGACCAGUGUUUACCACUUGUAAAUGUAAGAGGCAAUCAAAUAUAAAUGUCACCGAUA